AUGGAUUUAGAAACCCUGAGGUCAGUUCUGGCCCCGGAUCACUUUGACCCAAGCAUGGAGGCUGAGCUAGAGUUCCCAAAACAGCUGGAGAAGGAGACGGAUUCACCUGACAAGAAUGCAGGCCGGGAUCAAGCCCAAGCUGGCAAUGAGAUGGUAGUCAAAGCAGAACCUGCUGAGCUCAGUAAGGAAGAUGAAAGCAAGUGCCCUUACUUCCUAUGGGAGACCCUAAGCAAGCAGUUCAUGGAAUAUGGGGAGAUGAAUCCAGCAGAGCUACAAAGCCAACUUCUGAGCUUCUUGCUCAUCUUUCUGAAGGCCUGGGAUCAGUCAGCUGGCAACAUCUGCAUUCCAAACACCCACCUUUUAGCAAGCGAGACGUCGAAGCUUCUGGCGAAAGAAAUCAAGAAGAAGCUGAACAGGAAGCCUGCAGGUGAACCAUAA